UUAGUCGUACGAUUUGUUUCUUAUUUGUGAAAGCUCGUCGAACGGAAGCAAAUUUCGCUUUACCCUUUUGAAAAAUAAAGGAAAAAGUUCGUAAAAAGCGAAAGAGCCCAUCGAAAUCAACACGAAACGGAGUUCAAUAAAGAUUGCUUCCCUCAGAUCAUAAAAAUGGUUGCCGAUAAUAUCGAUGCUGAAGUGGCCAUUGCCGUUGCCGAUACAUCCUCCUCGCCUGUGGGCGUCAAGGACGAACUUCCGGCCGGCAACUAUGUGCUGGUGGGCGUGGACAUAGACACCACUGGACGUCGUCUAAUCGAUGAGAUUGUCCAGCUGGCCGCGUACACACCCACCGACCACUUCGAGCAGUACAUCAUGCCCUAUAUGAAUCUGAAUCCAGCUGCGCGCCAGCGCCAUCAAGUUCGUGUUAUUUCGAUUGGCUUUUAUCGUAUGCUGAAGUCGAUGCAGACCUACAAGAUCAUCAAAUCCAAGUCGGAGAUCGCUGCCCUCAAGGACUUCCUCAACUGGCUUGAGCAACUGAAGAUCAAGGCUGGCUCCGACUCGGACGGAGUAGUGCUGCUUUAUCACGAGGAGCGCAAGUUCAUUCCGUACAUGAUCCUGGAGUCGCUGAAGAAGUACGGCCUGCUGGAUCGCUUCACAAAGACGGUGAAGUCCUUUGCCAACAGCCUCAACCUGGCCAAGGCCUCCAUAGGCGACACCAACGUCAAGCACUACAGUCUGCGCAAGCUCUCCAAGAUCCUGUCCAAGACCAAGGAGGACGACGCCGCAGAGCCCGCAUCGGCAUCCACAUCGAGCUCGGCCUCAUCAUCCCCCAGUGACAGCACCGUGAUCGUCAGUAAUGAAAACGUAGACGAAAAACGAUCCUCCAAGAACUCUAUUCAGGUCGAGCGCGAUCUUUUUGAUGGCAAUGCCAGUGUUCGAGCCAAAAUGGCCUUCAACGUGGCCCUACAGCUUAGCAACUCGGACCGCAAACCGGAGCCGGAAUCUUCGGAGGCGCUGGAGAACAUGUUCAACGCCAUCAAGCCGUUUGCCAAGCUGGUGGGAUCCGAUGUCCAGGAACUGGACACUCAAAACGAGAACCUGGAGCGCCAGAACUCCUUCCGUCCGGUGUUCUUGAACUAUUUCAAGACCACCCUAUACCAUCGAGUGCGUGCCGUCAAGUUCCGCAUUGUGCUGGCCGAGAAUGGCUUCGAUCUGAACACCCUGAGCGCCAUCUGGGCAGACAAGCGCACCGAGGGCCUGGACAUGGCACUCCAGUCGAUUGGAACGAUGAAGGGCGAGGACAAGGCGGAGCUGCUGGAACUCCUGGACAGCUACUUCGAUCCCAACAAGACCACGAUCAAGCCGGUGGUCAAGUCGACCAACAAUCGUCGCCGCAAUCGCCGCAGCGCUGGCCAGUCGGCCAAGAGUGGCGGACCGGCCAGCUCCCGAUCCGCCAGUGCCGAGUUUGGAGCUGGAGGCGACAAGUCCCAGAGUGUGUCCUCCGUACCGGACUCCACCACCAAGACGCCUUCGCCCAACAAGACACCCUCUCGUCCGCAGCGCAAACGAAACUCGCGUCACAGCUUGACCGGAACUGCCAACGGACUGAAGGUGUCCAAUUCAUCCUCUUCCUCCGACAAACCAGAGCUGAACAAUACCGCUCCACCGGCCAUAGUGGUAGCCCCGGUUGUGGACACACCCUCACCAUCCCCGGUUGCCAUCACCGCCUCCAACUAAAAACCUCUUCCGGUGCCUCCGUAAAUAGAUAAAGAACUGGAUGAGCAUAACACACAAAAAGACAAGAUAAGCAUGGGAGAUAGAGAUAAAACAAUAUGCGAACCUCUUUUCCUUUUUGAAGAACUAACACAGAUUUGAAACAAGCUCAAAAUUCUAGUGAAUGCAAAAUUUCCAGUGCACACAACAUCCCAUUCACGAGCACGAUGGCGAAUAGAUACUGUGAGUGAACCGUGACUGUGAAUGCGACGUGAAUUGUGGUUGUUACAUAGUGUGAUGACUUGGCUUUAAUCGACCAUUUGUAAAACUAGUGAAUUCUUUAUCGAGACGUUUAAAACCCACAAUGUUGCAGCACAGGAGAAUGCUGCGCCCACUGCUAACACACGAGACCAGAGCUCGAAACUUUGGAGCAACAUAUGCAAAUAUAUUCUAAUAACGGAUCGUACGAUUAUGAAGUAAUGUUGGAGAAGAAGAAAAUAACUGCUUACCAUACCAAGACAUUACGAAACGUAAAACUGCUUCGGCGUUCAGGCAUAGUUUUCCAGGCGAAUCGAUGCACGAUGUCGUACCAGGAUGGGCGAAUGGAAAAAUAUGAACCAAAGAAACGCCUCGAUGAAAAUUUUCCAUUGGACAGGUCUCUUGUACCACACUUAUCAGAAUACCAUGACUACAACUCAAGACAGAACCAGGCCUGGUCCAAUGUUGAAAACUUUCACUUUGUAGCUUAAGCACACAUCUUAAACAGUAUGUCCGACGGAUUAGGGAACCUCAACCUCAACGUAAUAGCGCAGCACUCAACUCAAUCAAUCAUACUUAUUUCGCACAUGUUAACUCCUAGCACACACAAUGCAUGAAGAAGAAACUUAAAGCUACAUAUCAA